AUGGCAAUUACCUUUUACUGUCAGGUCAUAAAAGAUAUGUCCACCCAAGGGAGCGAUGAUCUUCCCCGUCACGUCACAGUCAGAGGAAGUGAGAACACGGAGAUCAAACUCAGGCAGAGGUUCCAGGCUGUGUUUGAAGCUGCAGUCACAUGCAGGCGGCUGCGGAUGUCGGAGCUGGGCGUGAUGGAGUGGGGGGAGAGCCGUAAUGAGGGUUUGAGCGUGAAUCCCAAAGGAACGAACCCGCGAGUCCCCAACCCCCUGCGCCUCUUCUCCAGGGGCUCCCCCGGCCCAAAGAGCAGCCCGAGAGAGAUGGCGUAUUUGGAAAACACGGAGGACCCCUGGGACUGGUUAUCUAACCGGACAGAUGUCGGGGAGGCGCAGAGCAGGACUAAGCGCAGGCCCAUCGUGAAGACGGGAAAGUUCAAAAAAAUGUUCGGCUGGGGCGACUUCAACUCCAACAUCAAGACCGUGAAGCUGAACCUGCUCAUCACGGGGAAGAUCGUGGACCACGGCAACGGAACCUUCAGCGUCUACUUCCGCCACAACUCCACCGGCCUGGGGAACGUCUCCGUCAGCCUGGUCCCUCCGUCCAAAGUGGUGGAGUUCGAAAUCGCUCAGCAGAGCACGCUGGAGACCAAGGACUCCAAAGCCUUCAACUGCCGCAUCGAGUACGAGAAAACGGACCGCAACAAGAAGACUGCGCUGUGCAGCUUCGACCCCUCGAAAGUCUGCUACCAGGAGCAAACGCAGAGCCACGUCUCCUGGCUCUGCUCCAAGCCCUUCAAGGUCAUUUGCAUCUACAUCGCUUUCUACAGCGUCGACUACAAACUGGUGCAGAAAAUCUGCCCCGAUUAUAACUACCACAGCGACACGCCCUACUCCUCCACGGGGUAGACGGUGAGCUCGGACGGCCCUCGUUAGCUCGUAAACCUUGUGAAGCAGCGCAAAGAUGCUCCAAAAAGAGGUUCCAGAAAUCUCCAGCCAUUACGUUCUCCGUUACCAUGACAACACAACACAGUCUUACAAAUAAAGGCGCCAAAAAGGCUUCUUUGGAGCAACACCACUUUCGGUUUCCUAACCUGAAUGUUCCUUAGACCUCAUUUGAAACUUUCAUUAGGGCACCAA